AUGUUGCGUAAAAAUAUAGAACAAUGGUCAACACCACCCUUUAUAGAUCCAGAUAUUUUAUCCCACACAAUUAAUGAAUAUGUUAAAAAAGGUCAACAACAACGUGCUAGUUUUGCAUAUUGUUAUUCAAAAACAACUAUACAAUCCAAAUUUUAUUUAAUGAUAAUAGUAAUCGAUGAAUUAGAAACUGUUAUGCGUCAUCAUCGUUCAACAUUAAUUAAUUUAGAAGAUAAAUUAUCAAAAUUACAUAAAGAAAAACCACAUAUCUAUACGACUUUAUUACUUGAUACUAUUGAACAACGUCGACAAGCAAUGAAACAACGAUUUUUUCGAAUACGUGAAUAUAAAUUGAAGACUUUUUUCGACGAGGCUCCGACGGUGGCCAACAACAACAUCUUAUAA